AUGCCCACCCGCGCAGAAGCAAAAGAACAUAUCGAUUCAUUCUGGACGAGACGUCACAUCGCCAGAGAUGUCAGUGCCGUCGGUAUCGAGAAUGACAUCAAUCUUCGUGACCUUUCCAAUGGACUGAAAAUCCUUUCUGAUGGCCUCUACGGUGAUCUCACUCACUUUUUCUGGGAAUUGCUCCAGAACGCGGAUGACAGCAAAUAUCUUGCCACGCCUCGUGUCGACUUCGUCCUGACCAGCCAUUCUCUGACUUACCAGACCAACGAAAUCGGCUUCACCAGGGCUGAUGUCGAGUCGCUGUGUGCGGUGGGCUACAGCUCAAAGGCUGGUCAGAAUGACACGAUUGGGGAAAAGGGCAUUGGAUUCAAGUCGAUUUUCAAAAUUGCAGAUGUCGUCACAAUUCACUCAGGUGUCUACUCUUUCCAACUAGAUACACGACCUCCUCUUGGCAACGUCGGCAUGGUUCUGCCCAUUUGGCUUGACAAAACACCACAAGACUCCUCAAACACAUCAAUCGAGCUGCGUUUCAAGCCCGAAGUUGACGUGUUCAGGUUGCGCCAACAUCUGGCCUCAUUUGAUUUCACCUUCCUACUGUUUACCCGAAAUAUCAAAGUGAUCAAUUUGAAGGUCUCAGUUGGACAGCCGUUUGAGAAGCUUGGACGGCUCCAAGACUUGGGACGUAAUGGUAAAAGAAUGGAGACAAGGAUCGACGGCCGCCCUGAUACGACGAUGGACUAUAUCAUAUUUCAAUACAGGUUCAAGGACAUGCCUCCACGUCAACCUGGCGCCCAGGUUCAAUCCGACAGCGAUAGAACGACGAUUGUGCUUGCUUUUCCACACCGCCAUCACACACCGCUUGCCGAAGGCCAAAAGACCUAUGCAUACCUACCGGUGAAUUCCUUUGGAUUUAAGUUUCUUAUUCAUGCUGAUUUUGUCUUGACUGCCAAUCGAAAAGGUAUUGAUAGCGACCGAGAAUGGAAUAAAUCUCUCCAGAGCGGAAUUGCCACGGCGCUCGGCCUUGCCUUUGAACAGUUGGCAACAUCGGCACAAUCUCAAAUGAGGUUUGGUUGGCCCGAAUAUUUGGGCUCUCUGUGGUCUAUUCACGACCCGUACAUGAGAAAAAUUGCUGAUUCCACCAUCCAACAACUGCGAUCAAAGCUACUCGUUCGAUCAGAGUUGCAAGACGGGGUUUUCCUGGUGCCUCAGGAUUGUCUGACUGCAUCAGAUGAGUUUCGUGACGCCACUGGCGGACUUCUUAUCACCGAGGGCACAUACGCACAGCGGGUAAGAUCGAAUGCCUACUCUGACAACUCGGCAAUGAUCCUCCGUAAGCUAGGUGUCACUCCCUUCGACAUCUCGCACUUCGUGGAGUUGCUGGAUCAAUACAUAUCAGCGCAUAUGGCAAGUUUCUCAUCAAAGACAACGGAAUGGCACUCCCGCGUCGCGAGACUGCUCUGCAAUCAUUUCUCGGUCAGACCAUAUCAGUCCUAUUCACCCGUAUUCGAGGCCUUCAAAGCUCUGCGGAUCAUCCCGCUGGAUGACGGCUCAUGGGCCUCUGGUGCUACUUGCGCAAAUAAAAAGGUCCUUUUGGAUCAAGGCCGCCGCAUCGCCCUCCCCACUGGCCUCCAAUUUUGCUUCGUCCAGGCGUCAGCUGCCGAUGAUCGCGACCGCAGACAGCUCUACCGACUGCUAGGCGUCAAACCAUGUGAUGAGACAGAGAUAUGCAAGAUGAUACUCGACUGCCAUACAACAAUGGUAGUUUGGCCAUCUUUGAAAACCCUCAUCUCGCAUGCAGUGUACAUCUUUCGCGCUCGCUAUCAACCUCAAUAUGGCCAACCACUCCGCUUACGCCUCGUUGACUCCAAUCUUACUUGUCGAUACCGGGAAAGAGUCCAUCUUCCUUUUGGGACACCAGGAAAAUCUCUCAGACGGCUUUUUGCAGACGACUUUUCCGGUAUCAUUUGGCUACAUCCAGACUACGAAGGGGGAGUAAAGGAAGGCGAGAGACAAAACUGGUCCCAAUUCUUGUGCUCCGUAGAAGAAGUGUACCAGUUGCCUCCUCUUAAUUCAGGUGGACGACUCUCUGGUGCAAUGUGGCAUAUCCUGACGAGAAAUGGAUCCAAGGAAUUUCUCUGGCUCCUGAAGUCGCAAUAUCGUUGGGGCUAUGGUGAUACGUUUGGAGGCCAAACACUUACAAUGGAUAUCAGCAACAUCGAGGUAAGCACCGAUCAAGGCGUGCAGAAACUGUGCGAGACAACCUUGCCGUCGUUGUCGUCUGUCAGCCUGGGUCUUCUCCCUGUUCUACAGCUGGUUGAUCCACAAGACACGGACUGGAGCUUUCUCCGCAAAUUUGGAGUACAGACUGAGCUCUCGCCGGAAUUUUUUGUGAAACAGCUCCGGGCUUUGAAAGCAAGCAAUGACCAGGGACGAGUGAUGGCGACGGCUAAAACUGUUUACAAAGCCAUGGCAGCAUAUCCGGCCUUGGACAGCUCAAAAUUGUGA